CGGCGCCCGCUCGUCCGCCUGCGUGUCUGAGCCGAGCCGAGCCGAACCCCGAGCCGCCGAGCUCGCACCUCCUCCAGUCGGGGUCGCUCGCUCCCGGCCGCUGCGCCACCGCCGCCGCCCGGGUCGUGUGUCCCCGCUGCCCCAAGUCGCCUCACCCAGAAGAGCCUGGCGCACCCGGCCGGGCCCGCGGGCAUCUGCUGCGUGUCCCGCUCCGGGCUCAGUGCUCCCGCCGCCGCCGGCGCUGCCUCGAUGUUCCAGCUGCCCAUCUUGAAUUUCAGCCCCCAGCAAGUGGCCGGGGUAUGCGAGACCCUGGAGGAGAGCGGCGACGUAGAGCGCCUGGGUCGCUUCCUCUGGUCUCUGCCCGUGGCCCCGGCGGCCUGCGAGGCCCUCAACAAGAAUGAGUCGGUGCUGCGCGCGCGAGCCAUCGUGGCCUUUCACGGUGGCAACUACCGCGAGCUCUACCAUAUUCUGGAAAACCACAAGUUCACCAAGGAGUCGCAUGCCAAGCUGCAGGCCCUGUGGCUUGAGGCACACUACCAGGAGGCGGAGAAGCUGCGCGGACGGCCCCUGGGGCCGGUGGACAAGUACCGCGUAAGGAAGAAGUUCCCGCUGCCGCGCACCAUUUGGGACGGCGAGCAGAAGACCCACUGCUUCAAGGAGCGCACGCGGCACCUGCUGCGGGAGUGGUACCUGCAGGACCCGUAUCCCAAUCCCAGCAAAAAGCGCGAGCUCGCCCAGGCAACCGGACUGACCCCCACGCAGGUGGGCAACUGGUUCAAAAACCGCCGACAAAGGGACCGGGCGGCUGCAGCCAAGAACAGACUCCAGCAGCAGGUUCUGUCGCAGGGUGCCGGGCGGGCGCUGCGGGCGGAGGGCGAGGCCACGCCGGAGGUGCUGGGCGGCGCCGCCAGCCCGGCCGCCAGUCUGUCCAGCAAGGCGGCCACUUCGGCCAUCUCCAUCACGUCCAGCGACAGCGAGUGCGACAUCUGAGCUGCCCACCCAGAACGCUCAGAAACAGAAUCCGGUGUAACAAAAAAGAAAGAGAGUGAGAGAGAGAGAGGUAAAGACAGGGCGAGAGACCAGCAAACCCAGCGCCGGCUAAGCCAGGUGGCCAGGGACCCGCAGGCUCGGGUGGCCGCUUUCGCCCGCGGCCGGCCUGGCUCCACGGGUGCCCUUGGCCGCAACCACAGAGGCCCGCAGCGAGGCCUAACCCAGCGCCACGUUCUCCUCCUCGCUUUGCUUUUUCCUAAGGAUUUUGCUGCAAAGACGCCUUUGGAACGCGAACUGCAAGCUGAGCGCCUGCCCUGAGUCUCCCUCCCAUGGGUAUUUCACGUCGAAAGGACGCUGUUAUAUAUGUAUAACUUUUGCUUUAAAGUUUUUUUUAAACAAAACAUAAAUAUGCUGUUUAUUUACUUAUUUAAGAGACUGCCAUGGUAGGUUUCUCUGUAGUUUGGGGAACUUGCUGUUUCUAAACUUACAGGCUGGCGCUGUGGAGAAGCUAAACAAUAAAACAACCUGGUGGGCAACCUUUCUUAAUUAA